CUGGCGGCGGUCAUCGAGCUGCUGGAAGGCGCUUUCUACGGCUUGGACUUGCUGAAGCUGCACUCCGUCACAACGAAGCUGGUGGGCCGAGUGGACAAGCUGGAGGAGGAAAUGUCUAGAAAUCGCACGAAGGAGAGCAAGCGGAAGAGGCAAAAUGAGGACGAAAGCUUUCAGGAAACGGCCGUUGAGGACAAGAUGAAUUCUUCCAGCAGCAUCUCCGGCAACCUGGCGGACAUCCAGAGUUCGUUGCAGAGGGAUGCUGCCGCAGCCUAUACUCUGGCCGAGGAGAAAUACGACGAGGUUUUCCUGCACGACAGACUGGUGGCUCCGCCAGCGAGCUCUGCCAAAUCCUUGCACUACGCGCCCCCCGCUCUGGGGGCAGCCCCCCCAAAGUCAGCCUUGCCAAGGAAGCCUCGCCCCCCCGCCCAGCCGACCAUAAUCCGAGGAGUCACGUACUACAAGGCCAAAGAGGCCGAGCUGGAGAACCACCUCGAGGAACAAGACGAGACUUUCAGUGGCGACCCCAUAGAUCUGCUGAUAGAAGACCAGCUUCUGCAGCAGAACGACCCGCCAUACGUUCCCACGAGGAAGCCGCCGCCCGGGGAAGGGUGGCUGUUACUCCAGAGCACCGAGCCAGUGGGGGAACCCAUGGCCAGCACCACGCCUGCUGGAAAAGAAGCUGUCGGGCCCACGGCUGCGGCCGUGGAGCCGACCCGGUCCCCUAUCCUCACGGAGCGGGAGCCUACCUCAACGCCAGUCCUCACGACUCCCAGCAGCCACGUUUCAGCGUCUCUGGGGACCACCACGGCUGCCCACGUGUCCACAGUCACUGGGCCAGUGGCCGGGAAUGCCACCCAGGGGGCCCCGGCCCCCACGACACCCACAACGCCGAACACAGCCACCACAACAGUGCCCAGUUCUGGAGCGACCACAGCCAGGUUCCAAGCUCGGAGAGCAGCGGAACCAAGCCCAGCUGCCGCCACUGAAGUGGUGACCAUAGUGGCCCCGGGCCGGCCUGGCCUCACUGCCACCCCCAAGCCCAGCUUCGAUGAGGAGGACAUCCGAAACAGCAUCGGACAGUGCAAGGACACUCUCUCCACCAUCUCUGGCCCCGUGAUCCAGAACACGUACGGACGGAACGAGGGCGCUUGGAUGAAGGACCCUGUGGCCAAGGACGAGCGGAUUUAUGUCACCAACUAUUACUACGGCAACACCCUGGUGGAGUUCCGGAAUCUGGACAGCUUCAAACAAGGCCGCUGGAGCAACUCCUACAAGCUGCCCUACAGCUGGAUGGGGACAGGCCACGUGGUCUUCAACGGCUCCCUCUACUACAACCGGGCUUUCACCCGCAACCUCAUCAAGUACGACCUGAAGCAGCGCUACGUGGCCGCCUGGGCCAUGCUGCACGACGCCACCUAUGAGGAGGAGACGCCGUGGCGGUGGCGUGGCCACUCCGACGUGGAUUUUGCCGUGGAUGAGAACGGGCUGUGGAUCAUCUACCCUGCCCUCAGCUACGACACCUUCAACCAGGAGGUGAUCGUGCUCAGCAAGCUCAACGCCCUCGACCUGAGCACGCGGAAGGAGACCACCUGGCGGACGGGCCUGCGCAGGAAUUUUUACGGCAACUGCUUUGUCAUUUGCGGGGUGCUCUACGCGGUGGACAGCCACAACAAGAAGAACGCCAACAUCUCCUAUGCGUUCGACACCCACACCAACACCCAGAUUGUCCCACGCCUGCUCUUCGAGAACGAGUACUCAUACACCACGCAGGUGGACUACAACCCCAAGGACCGGCUGCUCUACGCUUGGGACAAUGGGCACCAGGUCACGUACGACGUCAUCUUUGCGUACUGAGGAUCCCGUGGGGCGAUUUAAUGGGCCACCGGCACCUUUUCUAUAAAUAUUUUUUAUUGUACAAAUCAGAGUAAAUGGGGUGGGGGGUUAACCUUAAAAACUACAGAACGUGGAUUGUAGAUCAGUCCACCUGCCAAAGUCAACCUUUCUUAUUUUGGGCCUAACUUUGCUUUUGUUUUUUUAUACCAAAUAUGCUGCCACCCGAGAGACCGUGGAAAAUGUUCUUCAUUUAGUGCCUGCCAAGCGCAGACCCUCAGAGGAAGGAAAGCAUCCUUUGCCAUGUUGCUAUUGUAACACAAGACUUAAACGUUGGAAGAGAAAGCCCAAAAAAGUUACCAUUUUUAUAAUAAAAUAUAAAUGUUAAAACUGUA